GGUGCUAAAAGUGGUUCGCAAAAUGUCCCUCGAUUCUGCUGCCAAUUUCCACCACUAGUGGCGCUAGUAGUUACCUGACGAGCUUGCGCGCGGUCAGCGAGGGCAGCGAGCGUGUCAGAAGUCUACUACUAGCGCCACGUACAGGAACUAAAAAACGGGGACAAGACGCGUACAAUUUUUUAGUAUACGAGCAGUGGUGAGUAUCAGAGGGCUGCUCCUGGUCAAUCUCUCUGUAAGCCUAUGGGUGAUGCACGUUCAGUUACACUUACCUAUAAUAUAUUUUGGUGGUGAAAGCCCGCCGCGUGCCGCACGUGUUAACCUCACAUUUUGGUAACACGGUUUCCUGAGUGAACUGGUUUCACAGCAAAAAUGGUAAAGAAAAGUGUAAAAAGAAAGCGUAAGGAGAGUGAGAAGGCUAAAAAUGUUGAAACCGAAGAAGUGGUGAAGUUGCCGCCAUCGAAACGAUCGUCCGAUGAACCUGCGCCGAAAAAGACGAGAUGGAUAAACAAACAACGGGUGCUAGUAUUCGCAUCACGGGGAAUCAACCACAGAGAUCGUCACCUAAUGGAAGAUAUUAAACGACUUAUGCCACACCAUCGCCCAGAGAGUAAAAUGGAGCGAUCCAAAAAUUUGCAAGUUAUUAAUGAGAUGUGUGAAAUGAAAAAUUGCAACAAAGCCAUGCUUUUCGAGGGCCGAAAAAAAAGAGAUCUGUACAUGUGGUUGUCUAAUGUUCCAACUGGACCAUGUGCGAAAUUUCUUGUUGAAAAUGUUUAUACAAUGGCAGAAUUGAAAAUGACUGGAAAUUGUCUCAAAGGGUCAAGACCAUUGCUAUCUUUUGAUGAGAAUUUCAAUGAGAAACCUCAGUAUGGUGUCCUGAAAGAAUUAUUGACACAAAUAUUUGGAGUACCAAACCACCAUCCAAAAAGUCAACCAUUUUUCGACCAUAUUUACACAUUUAGUAUUUUAGAUAAUCGAAUAUGGUUUAGAAAUUUCCAAAUUUUAACGGAGGAUGGAGCACUAGCUGAAAUAGGCCCCAGAUUUGUUCUUAAUCCUGUGAAAAUUUUUACCAGCAGUUUUGGUGGUGAAACGCUUUGGAAUAAUCCGUAUUAUAUUUCUCCAGCUAAGUACCGUCAGUCAUUGACGAAAAAAGCAGCUGGUAAAUACAUGAACAGGAUAGAACAGAAAUUGAAUGCAGAAUCUAAUAAGCCGGCGGAAUCUUAUGCUUUGAACCCAUUAGAUGAGAUAUUCAAAGGGGAUCCCCUGGCUGCGGCAGAAAAAAUGGAAGAGUUACAAGAGCAAGGAAUUGACGAAUCUGCCAAAGUUGAAAAGAAAAAAUCCCUUAAAGUAAAGUUCGUUAAGAAAAAACCGAAAAAGCAUUUAGUGGGUAAGCAGAAUAAGAAGAAAAAAUCAAUAGUUGCUAAAAAAAUUAAAAAUUGAACGAAUUUAUUGUACGAACUUCUGCCGCACUGUGUUGUAAUAAAAUACAUGCAUAUAAAAUAUUAUCGUGUAUAAUUACUGUCAAUUACGAAUGCCAAAUCCUUCGUGUGAAUGUUAGUAGUUGUUUUAUUUAAAAUUAUGUUCACUUUCAAAUGUAAACUUCAGUGUAUAAUAUUGGUUCCUUAAUUUAGAUUCAGGUAUUACAUUAAAGUUAGAAGCAUCUUCGAACAGCAGUGAGUAAAUGCCAUAGGAUAGCUCACGAUGCCUUAAAAAGUAUCAAAAUCCAUUAUUUUCUUCAUAAAAAUCUUAUUGAGGAUUAGAACGUUAUAAAAAACCUAUAACAAUUUAUUAAAUAUCACACGCAGAAAUAUAUUCAUGCCUAUAUAUGUAUAUAUCUCUCCCGACAAAAUGUAUUAUUUCUUCUGAUGUACGUUUCUACAACAGCCUGCCAAAAUCAUUCAAAAUAGAAAUAUUAGUACUAUCAUAUGGUAAGCCAAUAACUUUCUUCAUAAUCAACGCAAUCGUAUAAUUGCUACAAAUUUUGUGUGAUAAACUUAAUAACAGUUCUUGUAAAAAAUAUUCUAUUACCACAAAUAUAUAUUUUAUGAUCAUAACAAAUCGCGAAAAGCGUGUUUGCUUAUACCUACGUAUGUAUGUACAAAGUAAUUCCAUUUAAUCUAGACAGUAGACAAUGUAUCUGAAUGAAACUGCGAGUAAAUGGUUCAGACGUGUGUUGUACAAUAUUCCUGGACGGUACAAAUAGAAAAUACAACCUUGUUCAUAAAAGUCUUAAUCUUCAAAAUGUUAAACAACAUGAAUGAUUUUUGCAAAUUAUUAACAUUGGAUUAUUUGUUACAUAUUUAUGAACAGAAAAAAUUGUGAAUUAUUUAACAAGAGUUAAGAACCACCGAAUAGUUGUCUCUUUAAGGAAAUAAAUUGAGAGUCAUGAUAUGGAAAAGUCUUUCAUUUAAUUUUCGUUUGAGAAUCAUGUAAUUUGAGAAAAAAAAAAUAUGUUGAAUUUUGUACUUCUAUCAAUAGGCAAUAUUUUUCUGUAGAUGGUAUGGUUAACAUCUAUAUCACAAUUGUGAAAGUAUUGAUUGUUUUCUCGAAAGCCUCGAUCAGCUAUUCGAAUUCGUGUCCAGAUAUUUUGGAAUGCAUGCGAAAUUAGAGGCACUUAAACAGGAUAAUGUUAUAUGCAGUUAAUUCUAUUCACAAAUUGUGCACAAUGUUUUUGUGUAUCACUAUAUUUUUAUUAUCACUAAUCGGUGUUCGUAAUUCUAGUAUAUGCUGUAUUUACGACAAUCAAUAUUUCCUGUUAGCUCUAAUAUUUUGAACGUUUAAGGUACGUGAAGUAAAACUUGACAAAAAUUUUAUGUUAUUCAAGAUAACUGAUGUGCAUAGUAAAUUUGAAUAUUAUUGAGGAAGUAUUUAUUAUUAGAAAGACUUUAACGGAUGGAAAAAAACCAGAGUUCAAACUGUCUUAAAGUGAACUGUGCGUGAUUGUAAAAUUACUAAAAAGAUGUGUAUAUGCUAUGAUUGCACUGAUGAUAUCGAUGAUAAGUUAUUCUCAUAAUAUUUACGUUAGAUGUAGUCAGAAAAUUUACAAUGCUAAGAAGCUCGAAAAAAGUGAGCAAAUUUAUUUUUUUGCAAGUAACUCACGUUAAAAAAAUGCUUAGCCAGAGAAUGGCCAGCAUUGAAUUUCCAAAUAUAUCUAUUGAUUCGUAUAUGUAAUAUUCAUAACUAAACCAGGUUUAUGAUAUCUAUAGAUAAUGUUUCAUAAAAAGUAUUUAAAAAAAAACUGUUCCGUAAAUUGCGUGAAAAA